AUGAUUAAAACCAAAAAGUUGAAUCUGAGAUACAUUGGGCCGUUUAAAGUUUUGAAGCGAGUCGGGCUAGUGGCAUAUCAAAUAGCCUUGCCGCCAUGUUUGUCUAACUUACAUGACGUAUUCCAUGUGUCACAACUCUGUAAGUACACAUCGGAUGCGGCUCAUGUGUUUGAGCCCGAGUUGGUUGAGUUGAAGGAGAACCUGACUUUUCAAGUAACACUGGUGCGGAUUGACGACACUAGUGUGAAGGAGUUUCAUGGAAAGGAAGUUCUAUUGGUCAUGGUAGCUUGGAAGAGAGCUGGAGUGGAAGAGCACACCUGGGAGUUAAAGUCGGACAUGCGGAAGGAUUAUCCGGAGUUAUUCUCAGGUAAUCACUAA